GAUAUCGGAUGCGACCCGCAGGGUCAAGUCUGUUUGUUUGGCUACUUUAAUUUACUCACGGCCUCUGAUGCGUUCAUUACGUUUUCUCGCGAGUACGAGUAAAGUGGUGAUUAAUGUACGCACGACGGCAGCCGUAUAUCGUCACCGGAGCCCCUUGUGCAUUUUCGAUCAUUUCCGAAUUCCCGAAAUCAUCGCAGCGAUCGAACACGCGUUCCACGAAAUUCGCACUCUGCAAAAAUAUUGAAUUAUCAAUGAAGAGUUUAUCGAUAGUUGAAAACUACUGUGACUCUCAUGUUAUACCAAGAAACGAAAUCAAACUCUAUGACUUGAAAAAAUUUCAAGAUCCAGCAGAGAUAGAUCAAUUUGCAGAUGAACUGAUCAAAGUUUUGGACAAUGCCGCAAAAAUGUAUGAAAAUCCACCCGACAGUCCGGCACCGUCGACGGGAGAGAAGAAGCGCGGCAAAAUGAACUGGAUCGGUUUGACCAAGCUGCACUGCCCGUUAUGCCAGACCACAAUAGCCACCACUUGUUUUACGCGUCAGACCGAGCCGCAGAUAUGUACGGGCUGCAAAGGGUCGCUCACGGUGCUGUGCGCCAAAUGCUCACGAAGUUACAAGUGCCUGCGCUCGGCUUAUCGUCACGUUAGACACGGCUGUCAGGGCAGCCCGGUGACUGUGGCUAAUAAUAACAAUCCCGCCGUCGAUGAGGACAAGUCGACGGCGGCCAAAAAGCCGAGCGUCACCGCCUGUCUCAAAUGCAACAAGACCUUCAAAAGCGCCACGUACUAUUGGAAGCACAAGUGUCCUAAUGCUUGAUUUUGCAUAUGAUACUGUAUCGAAAGAAACGAUGAUUAUCUUAAUCCUAGUCUGUAACGUUUUUAUCUUUGAACUUUAAUAAACGUAUGGUUACCAAAAAGGCAGAGGAUUUUUUAUAUUUUCUUACAUAUUAAUGCAAUCCUGAUGUGUACAGUUUUUUGUUUCAGAUUUUAUGUACGAUGGAGUUUAUUAAUCACGCUUAUAUGUAUGGAUUCAUGUGAGGAAAAGGACACGAGGGAUAUCAUCUGGGAGCGCCUGAUUGAUACUCGCCAAAAUAAUACUUCAGUUAGUCCAGGAGUUGUCGACUUGAACAAAUUGAAGGAAAACAUCGUACAAAAUAAGUCAAAUACUC